AUGUUGCGGUUGGCCGCAAAGGAGUCCAUAAAAUGUCGAGUUGGCUCCAUACGUGAAGCUUCGCAAUCAGCAGCGGAAGGUGUGAAGAAAAGUGGUGGAGUUGGUAAAAAGCUGUUCGCCUUGACUGCGGUUGGUACUGGGGUUGUCGGAGGAACCUUGGGAUACGCCUACGUUGAUACCGAGUUCCGGAAAACUGUUGAAGAUACAAUCCCACAGUCCAAACAAUUGUUUGAUGCCACAAUUGGGCCUCCAACGUGAGUUUUAUUGCUUUAAUUGUUAGGUAUUGUUGAAAGUUUAGACGGAAUGCUUUUGUAAGCACCCCAAUUGUUGAGAAAUUGGGACAUUCUGUUUCCGAAGUGAAGCAGAAGGUCUCCGAGAUGGCUCACAAAGUUGUCCCCGAGAAGAAGGAGCUUCCACCACCGAAGCCAAGACCAGAGAUUGUACCGGUUGACGUCCAUAAGCCGGUUCUUCCCCCGUCAACUAAGAAACCAACUUCUGAGGAGACCGUCAGAGCUACCAAAGGUGAGAGAUGGUCUUGACUUGCCGCUUUUUGUACUGACGGAUUAAUGACGUUUAAAUUAUAUUUUUUUUGUUUUAGAAAUUGAAAAGAAUGUUAUCUCUGCGCUGGAAAAGACCCAGAAGGUUGUAAAAGACGCCACGGAUGCGAAGAUCAAGACAAUUGAAGCCGUCACCAACCAUGCUAAAGCAAUUAAAGAAGCUGUUGAUGCGGGAUCAAAUGCAAAUUGGGAUAAGGUCCGAGAAGCCUUGGCCUACGCUGAGAACUUGGCCAACAAGGAUUUGGAGUUGGAAGCCAAGAGUCGAAAUGCUCUUGAUGGUUUGAAAAAGGUAGGAUUUUAUACAUUUGUUAUUGUUUUAGACCUCCGUAAACCCGAAGGUGAACUUUAAGAGAAUAAACCGCGAAUUUCAGGUUAUCUCUUCUGGAAAGCAUGACGCCGCGGCUGCUAGUGCUCCAAUCUUGGUGAACGCUCGUGAUACCGCCGACAAGCUCUCCUAUCAGAUUGAUGAGUUGAAUCAGAUGAUCCAGAAUGCCCGCAAUGAAAGCAGGGUGUUCAAUCAGUACAAGGACUUGAUUGAUAAGAGUCGUCAACGAUUCGCUGAGGAAUUGAAGGCUGUCGUUCCAAAUGUUGACAUUCAUGCCAAGCAAAAGAAGCUGACUGAAGAGGAAUUGAAUGCUUUGAUUGCCCACGCCCAUUUAAAGGUGGAUCAAUUGAAAAGACAGUUAACGGAACAGCAGGUUCGUAUUUUACUUGAUUUUUACAAUGGCGGAAAUGAUGUAUUCGUUUGUCGGGGUUAUUGUAAUUCGAAUUUCUGGGAAGUAUUAUCGCCCUUUUUCAGCUCCUUGAAGAAAAAAACAUCGCCAAAGCCCUGGAGGAACAAAGAAAGUCUGACGCGAAUCUGUCUAAGGCUCAGCUCGAAUUGGAAUUGACCCGGGUCCAAGCCAUCAGUAAUGUGGAAUUGGAGAAGAAAUUGAGAGAUGAGAAGAGUAAUUGGGAGAAACAGCUCGAGGAGAGACUUCAGAGGGCUGCUGCUGCUCAUGCUGACAAUCUCGAACAGGUCAUCCGCACCCAGAAACAACUCCAUGAUAUUGAGAAUGCUCAGGCUGUGGAUGUAAGUAGCCAGUGUUGCAAAUUUGCUCCGGUUGCCCAAUGAGUUGAAAUGUCAAUCAAAUUUUUUAAAUGGCUAGCCAAAGUCUCAGAAUAGCUGUAAAGCCUCGAAAAAAACUAACCAAUAUGUUAGAAUGGGGAAGAGUAGGAAAAAAAGAAUUCUGUCCCAAAUGAAAGGUUUCGAGUUACUGGAUUUAAAAACGAUGGGAUUUUUUUACAUUGAUUAUGUUUUUUAUUUAUUAUGACUCUUUCUUCAGGAAGCAGUCGAAAAGGAACGCCGGCUCCAUCAAAAACAAGUGGAAUUGGCCUUGGAGAAGCUUCGAGGAAUCGAGACAGCCCUUGAAAGUCGAGUUGCAUUGGACGCUGAGAACAGGAGAUCGAAACAAUUCUGGCUGGCCUGUCAGAAUCUCCAUGAAUCCAUUGCGUUUGGCCAAAAGUCUGGAGAAACUGUCGAUGCUAGAAGAAAACCACUGGAAAAGGAGGUAACGUAUAUUGUAGUAGUUGAAUAUAUGAUUGGGAUACCUAGUAGACCUGCAUGUGUUGUAGUAAGUAUAUCUAAGAUACUGUUGUCUUUUCGGAUACCGUAAUGUACUUGAUAUGUGAUGAUUAAGUUGUUUAGGGUACCUGAUUAUGUUACAUAUGGGAUUCAAUGUUAUCUCCUAUUUUCUUGCUAAUGUUUUUAUCGUUUAGCUCUCCGUGAUUGGCAAAGCUUGUGAAAACGAUGAGUUUGUGAAGACGCUCAUUACCAUCUUCCCCUCCGAAAGUCUCCAAAAAGGCGUUUACACUGAAGCGGAUCUAAAACUUCGAUUUAAACAAGUAAGCCCCGAUUGUAACGUCAUCAUAUUAACUUGCAGGUAUAUAAAAUCGGAUUUCGACUUGCCAGCAUUGAUGAGAACGGAGGAUCCCUGGCCAAGUACAUUUCUUCUUGGAUCCAAUCCCUCUUUAUCGUGGAUUUCCCCCGAAGAUUUUCACCUGAAGAUCCCCUUGACUUGAAGACCUUGGAUAAUCGGGAAGUUCUGGCCAGAGUCAACUUCUUUGUUCAACAGAAUGACUUAUUGUCUGCUGUUAGAGUAGCACAACUUCUGGAAGGCCCCGCCGCUCGAGUCGCUCAAGAUUGGAUUCAGGACACCCGUCAGCAUUUAGAGGUGAAAUUCUUGGCGGAUCUUCUUUUGUCCCACGCAGCAGUGUCAAGUAUCAGGUCUGUGUAUUAG